UUCCAUUCCAUAUCUUCGCAUACGAGCGAGUCGCCGGUUUCGCAUCGCUUCAGGACUCAGGAGUCAGAACUCAUAAGCACCAAACUCAGCCCCAAUGUCUCACUGAGUCCACCCGGGGUGCUUCGUAUUCCAAGUUCUAUCUUGUUCCAUCGUCCUCUCGUAUUUUCGUUUCUAAUUGUAAUGCAAUCGUUGCAGAAACCCUAAUUUCGGAGGGUUGUGUAAAAAGUAGCAAUGGUUAAAAACGCAAUUAGUGAUGGUGAGUGGACAGUGGUCUUACCUAGUAAACGAAGACAUGGGAAAAUAAAACCUAAACCUAAGAUUCAGGAAGAAGAAGAAGAAGAAGAAGAAGAAGAAGAAGAGAAGCCGUGGAAGUCUGAUGAUCUUGAAGUUGAUCCCCAAAGGCAAGCAAGAGUAAAGCAGAAGAUGGAAAACUCUAUCAAGAAAGUCGAGAGCUCAAAAUUCUACGCAGCAUUCUUAGAAAAGCUCAAAUGCCCCGAGGUUUCGGACCAGUUUCGCCUGGUGUUAGGUGACGAAACACAGCUUCAGAUGGUUAUGUACGGUAUAGGAAGCAUCGAGUCUUACGAAUCUCCAAGGUUUCAGCUCAGCGUUGCAAUCUUGAUGAAGAGGGAGUUUGAAUGGGUUGGUAACAUUGAAGUGUUCGAUCCGGUCCUCUCGGUGACUGAAUCUAGUGUCUUGGAAUCUCUGGGGUGUACUGUUUUGUCUGUGAACGAGCAAGCUCGUAGGGAAGCUUUGAAGCCUACUCUUUUCUUCAUGCCGCACUGUGAGGCUAAUCUGUAUAGCAACCUGUUGCAAGCGAACUGGAGGAUGGAUCGGUUGCGCAGGAUUGCAUUGUUUGGGAACAGCUUUCAGAUGUAUGAGGAGCAGGUGACGUUUAAACCGAAUGUCAUCCGUGCUACCAAACGGAUCAUAGCUGCACGGGGAUUCACUAGUGAGUUUGCUAUUGAGACUGUAUCUGAUGAUUAUUUUCCAGCGUUCCAUGAUUCGAGCUGGCAUUUUUUCAGCCCCGGUUUAGAUUCGGAGCUGCCAUUGUUGGUUUCAGAGGGAUUAUAGAUCAUUGCUUUUUUGCACUUGUCAGGUCUUUGUGUUUGUCUAUCCUCUUCCUGCAUAAGUUUAACCAUUUGAAGUUGUUGACUUAUCAUUGGUUUAAUAUUUGCUUGAAACAAUGAAAUAUGUUAUCACAAAUUUUCAUAA